GGAGAGUGAACUUCUGUCUCGUGUGCUGCGCGAGUCGAUGGGGAAAAGUGCAUAAGAUCAUUGUGAGUCUCCACGAUGAGCCGUGACAAUAUCAUUGGAGUCACAUCAGAGGAGGAUCUGCUGGAGGAUCCGAACUUGAGACACCGCGAGAAAUGGCCGGAUGUCAAGGAAAUGCUGCGGCGCAGGGCGGGCAAGAUGUGCCGGAAGGAGACGGUCACGAAGCGCGUGCCCGUGCUGGACUGGCUGCCCAAGUAUAGACGCGAGUACGUCUUCCCGGACGUUGUGGCGGGUAUCACAGUGGCGCUUACGGCCAUUCCGCAGGGCAUCGCGUACGCCGUGGUUGCUGGACUGGAGCCCCAACACGGCUUGUACUCCGAAUUGGUGCCCAGCUUCGUGUACUGCGUCCUGGGCAGCUGCAAGGACAUCACGAUCGGACCCACAGCUAUCAUGGCGCUCCUUGUACAGUCGCACGUGCUUAAGAGUCCGGAUUUUGCGCCCCUGGCGUGCUUCCUUACCGGCAUCAUCAUCCUCGCGAUGGCCAUCCUCAACCUGGGCUUCCUGGUGCAGUUCAUCUCCAUUCCAGUCACCGUGGGCUUCUGCACGGCGGCCGCGCUCACGAUAGCCAGCGCCCAGAUCAAGUCUCUGCUGGGGCUUCCCGGGCGCGGAAAUGAGUUCAUCGAGAGCUGGAAAAGUGUGAUAGAGAAUAUCCAUGAAAUUCAACUCUGGGACACAAUCUUGGGCGUCAGCUCGAUCAUCCUUCUGCUCUCCCUCAAGAAAACGCAGAGCAUCCCGAAGUGGAAGGUCUUCUUCAAGUACGUGUCCAUCUCCCGAAAUGCUAUCAUUGUGAUACUGGGCACUCUGCUGGCCUUCCUCAUGCAGCAAUUCACAGGCAAUGUGCCCUUCGCCCUCACUGGCUCCGUGGCAGCCGGAUUCCCGCCCUUCGUGCCGCCACCUUUCACCACCACCGUCGGCAACAGCACGCUGAACUUCCAGGAAAUGAUCGCCGAGCUGGGCACUUCCAUAAUCUCCAUUCCUGUGAUCUCUGUCCUCGAGAUUGUGGCGGUGGCCAAAGCUUUCUCCAUGGGGAAAACCGUGGACGCCACGCAAGAGAUGAUCGCUCUGGGCUUCAGCAAUGUGUUGGCAUCCUUCGUAGCGUCAAUUCCCUUGUCAGGCUCCUUCACGCGAAGCGCGCUCAACAACGCUUGCGGCGUCUGCACUACCGGUGGCGGAAUCCUGACGGGAAUCAUCGUGCUUCUGGCCAUCGGAUUCCUCACCUCCACUUUCUACUACAUCCCAAAAGCCUCCCUCGCGGCUGUGAUAAUGGUUGCCAUGUACUUUAUGAUCGACUUUGCAGCUCUGAAGGAGAUUUGGCGCACGCGAAGAGUCGACUUCAUUCCCUUCCUCAUCACUCUGGUGGCGUGCUUGGCGCUGGGAGUGGAUCUGGGAAUUGUUAUCGGCAUCGCGAGCAAUCUGGUGUUCAUCAUCUAUGACACAGCGCGACCACGGAUCCAGUUUAAGUGGCUCAAGGUGGAUAACGAUGAGAUUCUCGUGGUGACACCGAAUCAGAGCCUCAUUUUCUCGUCGGCGGAGCACUUCAAGAACCGCCUCAUGAAGAAAGUGAUAGCGCAGAGCAAUCCCAGCUUGCUUGUCGUCAUCGACGGACACUUCGUCCAGAAGAUAGACACCACGGCAGCGUCUAACAUCUACUCGGCCGUGCGCAGCCUGAAGGACGUGUGCAGAGGAAUGAUCUUCUGGAACUGGAGCGGACAGGCUCAGGGUGCCGCGUGGCGCCUCAACAGCGCCUUCGGGGCGCUGUUCCGCGAUGCCAACAGCCUAGAAGAGUUACUUCGGGCGGUCAAAUAG